AUGUUCACUGCCGGGUCUUCUUCAAAACAUCAACGUUUGUGGCAGGCUUCGAAGCGGUUUAUUAGUUCCAAUGAAGUUGCACAGGCUCUCAGGCCAUUCUUGUUUUUGGUACACCCUGAUAAGUACGCAAAGUUUCCGGAGAUCCAGACACAAAACGAGAAAUCGUUGCAAAUCUUCAAUGGCUACAUGAACGACCUGUUUCCCGUGUCGCCAUCAUUGAAGCCCACAAAAGUCAGUUUCUCCAUCGCCGACAAACAGUCAACAACGUUUCGUAAAAUUCACAUCAAUCUAACCGGCACUGACCCAGCCAAAAUUGUAAGAGAAGCGUUGGAAUCGUGCGAGUUGAGUACGUCAGAACUCAAGUUCAAGAAUAAUGGGUUAGCCGGAGGAUCCAAACAGAAUUCUGGAGGUCUUGGAUUCAAUACGACAAAUGUGGAGGAGGAUUUGUUGAGAUCGUACCUCAAAAGAAAGAAAGCCACAGUUAUCACGAAUCUCUAUGAUUCUUUGACCAAUCAACGCGAUGAGGCAAUGAGAAAAAAGAGAGAAGCGAAAACACUUCGUGUCUCGAUUCAAGAGGAUAUUUCUGAUUUGAAAUAUAGAACGCAGCUGAAAGAUGUUGUAUGGCAAAUGCACUGGGAACAAUCUCAUAUGCGACGAUGCAUUGCAAAUGUGAACCGAAUGCUUGACCAAGCAGUUCCAGAGACUAGGAUAAUUCUUGAAAAGGCUUUUUUCAAAAACGUACUACGAUUUGGAAGAGGAUCCUUCAUCUGCUGUGAUGGUUCAAUCCAACUCGGAGCGGAUCACGUCCCAGAGCAAUGGGAGCAAAUCUGUCAGGAGUAUCAGAUUCGCAAAAAUCAGAUUCCAAUUCUCAAAGAGACUGCAAAACAAUUAGAGCAAACGUUUGGAGGUGCACAGAUAUUGCUGCCUCAUAAUAAAGGAUUGGCUCAGACACUCACUCAGUUGCAGACGUUGACAGUAAGAGUGUGGAAGAAGGAGGCGUUGUUGCGAAGAGUGGAGGAUUCGGCGAAGAAUUCAAUGCUAGAAGUGGUCACUUCAUAUGACGAGUUGGCUAUUGGAGUCGAUGGUCGGCUGUAUAUUCCAUGUAAUGUUGAUGUGCCAUCGCUGGUUCAAUUUUUGGAAGAGAAUGCAGAGAAGGCAAUUGAGCUCAAUCGAACCAUGCAUCAUUUAAAUAACGAACUCGAAUUCGCUCGCGACGAGUGCAUCAAGGAGCUGAAACUCACCGGUCUCAAGUGGGAACAAGCGUUCUCACCGGAAGCUCUUCUGCAAUGUGUGUACCGUCUGACUCAAUGCUCUGACGAGGUCCGUAAUUUGGUCUCCGGACUCUCAUUGAUCAUCUCAGCCAGUCCAAGUAUCUAUGUCACGAACGAUGGAACUCUUUCAAUUCCUCUCAAUUGGUCAUAA